AUGAAAGUAGCAACAUUGACUACCCUUGCAAGCAUAUUUUCAUUAUGCUCAGCAGCGUUUAUUCCAAUUACAGAGCCAGUCCCAAAGGUACCAGAUGAUUGCACCACCAAACAUGUGACCCAAUGUAGCACCAAAGUCACAAACUUGUUCUUCUUUCAGAUAACAAACACGGACUGUUCUGAAGUCCCACAAACUUCAUGUCCAGCUCCCGCUCCAACUACACCAGAUGCAACUCCAACCGAAUGUUCGACCGUUUUUGAAUCGUAUUGCGACACUAUUACAUCUGUCACCUGGUUAAGUAAAAACACUAAGGUUAAUGGGGAUUGUUCCACAACAAGGUAUACUUCGUGUUCUAGGAGAGACCAGAGAUGUCUUUCUUCCACAAAGGUAGACUGUUCUACCACUUCUUGUGUUACCAGUUCCAGAAUUGAAUGUCCUACUACUGUACCAGAACCAGUUGAACCAGAACCAACCACUGAACCAGAACCAGUUGAACCAGAACCAACCACUGAACCAGAACCAGUUGAACCAGUUGAACCUGAACUAGUUGAACCAGUUGAACCAGAACCAAUUGAACCAAUUGAACCAGAACCAAUUGAACCAAUUGAACCAGUUGAACCUGAACUAGUUGAACCAAUUGAACCUGAACCAGUUGAACCAGUUGAACCUGAACCAGUUGAACCAGUUGAACCUGAACUAGUUGAACCAGUUGAACCAGAACCAAUUGAACCAGUUGAACCUGAACCAAUUGAACCAGUUGAACCUGAACCAAUUGAACCUGAACUAGUUGAACCAGUUGAACCAAUUGAACCAAUUGAACCUGAACCAAUUGAACCUGAACCAGUUGAACCAGUUGAACCAGUUGAACUUGAACUAGUUGAACCAGUUGAACCUGAACCAGUUGAACCAGUUGAACUUGAACUAGUUGAACCAGUUGAACCAGAACUAGUUGAACCAGUUGAACCAGAACCAGUUGAACCUGAACUAGUUGAACCAGUUGAACCAGAACCAGUUGAACCUGAACCAGUUGAACCAGUUGAACCUGAACUAGUUGAACCAAUUGAACCUGAACCAGUUGAACCAGUUGAACCAGAACCAAUUGAACCAGUUGAACCUGAACUAGUUGAACCAGUUGAACCAACCACUGAAGCAGAACCAGUUAUUCCAACCGAACCAACCACUGAACCAGAACCAGUUGUGCCAACUGAACCAACCACUGAACCAGAACCGGUUGAACCUGAAGCAAUUGAACCAGAACCAGUUGUUCCACCUGAAGAGCCUACCGAAGAUGGACCUGAAGAACCUGCUGAACCACUUGUUCCACCUGAAGAACCUACUGAAGAUGGACCUGAAGAACCUACCGAACCAGUCGUAUCACCUCAACCAACCACUGAAGACGGUCCUGAAGAUACCAGAACAUCAUUGAUAGAAGAAGAAGAAGGAGAAAUUCCAGGCCCUUCUUCAGCCGUGAUCACUGCAACUCCACUGGCGAUCUAUGAUGGCGGUGCUGUUUCUAUUCACAUUAGAAAAGAAUUCACCGGGUUCGUUGUUGCUGCUUUCUUAGCUUUGUUAUAA